AUGGCGCCGGCACAGAUAGUGGCAGAAUUGGACCCCUUUGCAUCCGCGCUGGAUUUGGAGGAGCACCACUUUCGGGACGGCAGAGAGGCUGGAAUGCAGGAGGGAAAGGCAGCCGGGUAUGCAGAGGGCCGGGCCAUGGGCGUCGAACAAGGUUUUCGCAUCUCAUAUGAAGUUGCCUUUUAUUCGGGCUGCCUCAGUCAGUGGCACACAGCCGGGGAGCAUGGCGGCCGCUUGAAGCUCAACCCCCGGGUCCUACGACACAUGGCACUACUGGAGGAUCUCGUGCGGUCCUUCCCCUGGUCUGAUGCUCAGGACCCCAACCUGCAUCAGCUCGUGGAGGCCAUGCGUGGCCGCUUCAAGACCCUGGUGACCAUGCUGGGGCUGGGCGAUGCCUACGGCAUCGCCCAUGCAGCUGACGAGUCCCUGUCCUUCUGA